AUGUAUAGCUUAAAAAUGCCUUCAAAAUUAAUUCAAACUUUCGCUUUAAUUUUGCUCCUUAUAUCCCUUUCUGAGGCAUUUCGACAACAAUCUGUUGGAAUCCGUGGAAGAUUAAUGUGUGGGGAUAAACCCGAUUCUGGGACAAAAGUAAAACUUUGGAAUAAAAAAAUUGGAAGAGAUGAUCAGCUUGCUGAUGCACGUACUGAUGCUAAUGGAAAUUAUGUGUUACAAGGAGGGAAAGGAGCACUUCUCUCCAUGGAUGUUCAUUUUAAAAUUUACACAGAUUGCAACAGAGGUAUUCUUCCCUGCCAACGCAAGAUAGAUUUAACUAUUCCAUCCGAUUAUGUAACCAGAACCAGUGACGUUCAAAAAUGGUUUGAUGGAGGCGUUUUGAAUAUGGAAUUUAAAUUUCCAGAUGAAUCUACUUCUUGUAUCAAUUAA